UCUAAUCAUUUUCUAAAAGCAAAACUCCUGAAGUCAGCGAAUACAGUGAUUCUCGCAGAGCACAUCUGCACUGAACACAUUAUAAACAGAAAAUCUGGAUUUAGUUUGAUGGAUAAGAAAAACUCGGUUCCUGGAACAUCUCAUGUGCUCGUUAUAAUGAACAAUGAACCUAUUCAGUGACGUGUCAAGGUGAAUCCCACAAACUGUUGGAAGAGCUACACGGUUUCAUUUCGCGAUAUCUACUUUUAUUUAGUGGAAAUUAAUGUUGUGCCAUGUUGCGUGGCUGAACCUUUUGGCGCGGUGUGUUUGACACAUGUCUGUUUUCCUUCAGUUUUAAAGCGGAAAGCGAAAAAUAAUUUGCCAUUGUUGACUUUCACAAGGAGGAACACAGGUGGUCAGUAUACACUUUCUACAUGAUUUCACACUGAUAGAAAAAAGAAGCCAUGUUGACGGUCAACAAAACAACUCCCCAGAUUAUGAUGUACCUGCUGACAAAUUUAACAGAUGCAUUUUCAGGCUCGGGACUAGCUGUUAAUACCUGGCAAACCUUGAAUUGUCAUCUUGGGACAAUAACUCUGCAAUUCUUCAAAGCUCUUGAUAUAUUUUCUGUAGGCUGGAUCAGACUGAUGCAUGGCAAAAUGGCAGAGAGUGAAAAAGUAGAAACAGAUGGCAGUAAUGAGGUCAAUGACCCACCAGCUUGGGAAAAAGACGCGCUCCAAACUAAAUGUCUGAAAAAUGAUGGAAGACAAUUGGACAGUCCAGUCAAGGAGGAGAUGGUUGGACUUAUGAAGUCGUUCAGAGCAAGUUUCAAACUGGUCAGUGAAAAGAGCCCUCUGACCUCCAAAAACAAAAAGUCAGUGAGGACUAGCAAUGACCAAAAGCAACCCUCGAACUCUCCCUUACAACCACCGCCCUCUCCAAGCUUCAGCACAAGAUCUCCCUCACAAUUUUCCCAGCAAUCUUCCCCACUUCAAAAUAAAAAAACUUCUCUUACCAGAACUAUGUCAGAUUCUGCAGUUGCAAUAACAGGAACACUGGUAAAGAGGGGAACAUUGAUCAGGCAGAGUUUGGGCCUGGGCACUAAAAAAUGUAAGCAGGAACCAUUAGAACCCGUCACAGAGGCCAUAACUUCACCUGAAGAGCAGAAACCAGAGGAUGUAGAUGAGGUGUUGCAGCUCAGAGAGACAUAUAUUCUGCCAGAUAUCCCUCCUAUGCCAUUGUCAGUAAUGGAGAUUAACAAACUGAUAGAGAUGGAAGUUCUAGAGGAGGCCUACGUGAACCUACUGUCCCUGCGGUUGGAGCUUCAGCACGAGCAUCAAGCUCUGGAGAAAGGAGACUGUCCCGUUGAACUAGUCCACAAAGAGAAAGACCUCUGCCUACUGUAUGGGACACUAAGGAAUAAAAUGUCUAAUAUAACACGCAACUCCAGUGCUCUGCCCUCUCGCAAUAAAGAGUUGUUAGUGUAUGUGGCCAGGAUUAUACUGGAGGAAGAGAAGAGACAAGGAGAGCCAGGGGGGAUGCCAGGAUGGAGGGAGGCAUGGAGAGAUGCGGUACGAGAAGGGGUUAGAGAUACAUUGAAGAAGGUUCACCUGGACAGUCGUGAGCAGAACCCUUCCUGGUUGGCGGUGCAUCUGGGGCUUCUGGGUAAAGCUAUUGUGGAGGAUCUGGAGAGAGUGAAGGCAGAACUCCUAAGCUCAUAUCCAGAAGACUUUAAAGUGUUUGAUACCUAUGUGUCCUGCCAUCAUGAGGCAUUAGGAGAGCAUUUAAAGAGACUUCUGGAACAGGUGACAGAUGUGAAAGAUUACUACGCUCUUCUAGAAUUUAUUAUCCAUCGCUACCCCAGUGAUAAGAUAAUGGGUAGCUGUUCCCUGCAACCAGAGAUGAAGGAAGAUCAGAGAGCGCUGCCACUGGAAAAAGAUUUCCUUAAUCAGAUUAAGAACAAAUACUGCAGUCGCUUACAGGCUGACAUGAAAACGUCACUUGAUCGAAUUAUUGAGCUAGAGAAUGAGGAAAUGUGGAAAGAAAGAAGAAAACCGACGACUGAUGAGGGGCUUUACAGCUCACACAUUGACAUGGAUAUCUGGACGAAUAUUAAAGGGCAUGUUCAAGGAUCCGGACGGAUUGAUGUGAACCUUGAGCAGAAGGUUGUGCGUGGCUGUUUGGAGGAACUGAAACUGUUUCCAAAACGAUUUGAGUCAGCGUUUGUUGAGUGGAGCAAUGCUCUCUCUACCUCUUCUCUUUGGGCAGAGUAUCACAUCAGCUACAUGAACAGCUUUAGUGCCCUAAAAGAGCACAUGGCUUGCUAUAUGGAGAGCUGUCCAAUUCAGCUUGAGCAGGUUCGAAGGGAAAUCGAUGGACUGACCACCCGACUGAGUCAAACUCUUAUGAACCAGUUCAAAACCGAUGUUAAGCCCUUUCUCAGGAGACAAAUGACAAGAAAAUGGUUUUCAUUUGAUGAAGACUUCACACAUCUGGUCAGCAGGACUAGGACUCUGUCUGAACAAAGUAAAUACAUGAGCCCAAUAUUUAAACAGACCUUUGUGAAUGAAGCACACUUUUUUGUGGUAAAAGAAUAUGUAUCUCAGCUGAUGAAGAAUAACUACUCGUGCAAAAACAGGAAGAAUGAGACAGCUGCCUCUAAGAUCACGAUGCAAUGGGGGGAACUGAAGGAUAUUUUUCAAGAUAUGAAUUCUACCUUAGAUUGGCUUCAUCCAGUUGGGAACCAGCUGAGCAAGAUUGUUGGAUGUAAAAAAACUGAUGUAAAAAUGUACCUACAGCCAAUGGUUGAGAACUAUCCAGACAUCAGAAAGAGCCAUCUCUCUGCUGUGCUAUACUUCCGAGGAAUUAUCAGAGGCAGGGAAAAACAUAUUAUACUGCAGCGGCUGACAGAGUUGAAAGAGAGCUUUGGGAAUGUGAGGAAAAAAGAGUGUGCCCUCUUCAGUGAGAUUCAAGCAGCAGUUAACACAGACUGCCUUGCUGGUACACCUUUCACAUGUCUUUCCCUCAUUGUGCCAGACAGCUAAUCUAAAGAAAUGCACCUCAUUUGAUUUUAAGUGGACAUGAUGCUUGCACUGUAGAUGAUAGCAGCUGUAUGCCUCGUGAUAUUAACAAUGAGCAAUAAUAUGUUAUUAUGUCUCCUUUAUAAUCUUAUAUUAUUACAAGAUUAUCUGGCAUGCAAAUUAAGCAAAAUGUACUAAAAUAUAGUUUAUAUAAUAUUAAUGUGACAUUUUUUGUAAUCAUCUGUUAUUAUUGAGGAUCAGACUUUAAAUUAUUGUCCCACAUUGUUACGAUCCACUGUUGUCUGCCCUGUGUUUUGCCUCUGUCAAGUGUUCCCCACAAUACACUUCCCAUAAUCCCCUGCUCUGAUCACUUCCAGCUGUUUCCCUUGGACAAUUUUUAUUUUGUAUUUUUUUCAGGAAAGACAUGGGAGAUCAAACACAUAACAACUGACAAAAGGUAAAACAGACAUCAGGGCAAUAUAUACACACAGAUAACAAGGUAAAUGAAACACAGGUGAGAAACAAUGGGGAACAGCUGGAAGAGAUCAGAGCAGGGGAUUAUGGGAAGUGUAGUCCAUGGGGAACAGAUGACAGAGGCAAAACACAGGGCAGACAACAGUGAAUCGUAACAUACAUAAACGUACAAAAUGUAUAUACAGUAGUAUGGUAGCUUCAUGUUAAUAAUGUAUUUAAAUUAAUAGAUGUAAUUAAUGUUCCUUUUAUUAGGCUACUAUGAAAAUUGUUAAUACUUUAUUAUUACUCUUUAAUAAACCCUAAUACAUACAAAAUACAUACAAAAUAUGUAAUAAACUGUUAUGUAUUGUAUAGCUAAUAUGAGUUCAGUCAUGUUCACGUUAACAUUUUUUGUAUUACCAUAUAAAGUCUAUAU